CACUGCCAGACGUAAAAAGAAAGAAUGGAUUAUUCUGUCGCUCACGCCUUUCUCGGAGAAAUGUCUUGAGAUGGCUGUAGUGUUGUAUAGUGAGUGUUUCUCUCUGCCUGCUGUGAUGGAGGAGAAAGUAUUGGAGAAGAUCAUCAAGUCCCUCCGCAAUCCUCUUCGUCUCAAGUACAGUUGCUCGUCCCAGUCCACAUGGAAGCUCGCGGUGGAUUCGUUAAUGACUGUUGUUCGCAAAGGACUUAACGUGGCUCUCGCACGCUCAGAUUCUUUUAGGUCAAUGUGGUAUGAGUUGGCUUCGGCGUUGGAGGACUUCCUCUUCUCAGAUAUGAGUCCCCCAGAGAAUCAGUCCCUUGAACAGCAUCAAGCGGAUGAGGAACUGGACAUCAAGCUUUUGCGCAUGAUCCGUGAAGAAAUUCUGCCCCAUUCCGCCGCUCUUCCCAAGGACUUUAUGGCUCGGGUCAUGGCGCUUUUGAACCGAGGCUCGAUUCACUCGGCUGCUGAUGCCACCUUCAGCGGUACGUGAAUUGUUUGAUUAAUCAAUAAUUUCUCCGAA